AUGACUUCCUCAAUCAAAAACCAAAGAGCAUCAAUCGCACCUCCAAGCACAAAACAAAAGCGUAAAAAAAGAAGAAGAGCCACUUCGGUACUUUCAACUGAAUCUAGAAAUCGACAAGGUUCAGUAAGACCAGCCGAUGAUGAACUUGCAAUGGUUAAAGCAGCAGCCAUGAAAUUAUUAGAUAAUACUUCUGAUCAAAUAAUACCUAAUAUAGACUUAGAUAUGGUGAUCGGUCCGGUUGACUUACGUGAUCGACUUCAAGAUUCAUCAUUAGCACGACCUAUUAAAAAAAUCAAAUUUGAAGAUGUUUCAUCAGAACUUGAUCAAUUGACUUCAACUCAUCUUACUCACUCUGGAAGCUCGAGAGACUUAAAUGAUAAAGAAAAUCAACCUGAUCCCAUUCAUAAACCGAACAACAAAAAGAAAACUUCAUGUGGUCCAAGUCUGCUUAGACAAUGUAUCGAUCCUCUUGCAAAAUCACAAGAUGAAAUCGUAUCUGAUACUUAUGAGGAUAAGGGAGAAAGGUUUGAAGUCAAGCUUCGUGAUAUCUUUGCAAAGAAUGCGAUUGUGAAUGCUUUUCAAGCUACUUUGAAUGAGUUUCGGUAUUACCAUCGUAAUAGAGGCGUUUCAUCUGAAGCUUCCGAAAGUUUACUUCCUCUCACUGAAUCUCAAAGACGUUCGACCUCUCUCUUAUAUUACGGAACUCCUAGACCUACACCGCCAGCCUCAUUUCGCAAGAAGAAAGCCUCCAAAAGACCUAAACUAGAGACAUUUGUACCGAAUUCAAGAACAUCAUCCGAAAAUACACUUCCAGUUUCUGCUCCUAGACAACCUAGCCCAGUUCUCUCAGAUUUGGAUAUGGAAGAAUACCUUGAAAUGUUUGGUGACUUUAUUCCACCUGAAGUACUAAACCAAAAGAAUACUAUCAAUACUUCAGAAAAAGAAAGUGUUGAGGCGUCAUCAUCUAGUGCUGUCAAAGUCACAACCACACCAAUCACCACACUCGAAGGCACAACAAAAGAGGACGAAGAAGAAGAGAUGAUGAUCAGUCAGAAUUCUUCUAAAGCCAAUUCUCCCAUUCCAUUUAACCAUUCAACUUUAUCAAGCUCAUCAACCACAAGAACGACACCUGUACCAGCUCAUCCUUCAAUCAUCGAAACCCCAAUCAAUCCAUCGCUCGAAUCAAGUCUUGAACUUCAAAAACAAUCAUUAACAAACGCGUUAAAUGCACAGUAUUGGGCAGGAUAUUAUACAGCUAUCUAUCAUCAAUCUGUUGGAUUCACUUUACCGAAUGCAGCACCAAUCCAAGGUGCAUCUUCUAAAUCUCUUCCUUGUCCACCUGAUUCAAUCAAUAAGACUGGUUGGGAAGCUGGAAAGAAUGCUGGAUAUCAUACUAACCCCAGUGGAUCCAGAUGA